AUGAUUGAGAUGGUGUCACAAGGAUUAGCUACCAUGGAGGUUACGCUCAAGCAUUCAGGGUCUUUGUUCAUGUAUGCUGGUAACCGUGGUGGUGCAUAUGCCAAGAACAGCUUUGGAAAUAUCUACACUGCUGUGGGCGUUUUUGUUUUGGGUCGCUUGUUUCGUGAAGCUUGGGGGAGAGAAGCUCCUAAAAUGCAAGCGGAAUUCAAUGAUUGUCUCGAGAAAAACCGAAUAAGCAUUUCAAUGGAACUUGUCACGGCUGUAUUAGGAGACCAUGGGCAAAGGCCUAAGGAUGAUUAUGCUGUGAUUACAGCUGUGACAGAAUUGGGUCAUGGCAAGCCUCAAUUCUAUUCUACUCCAAAGUUGAUUGAAUUUUGUCGGAAAUGGCGCCUACCAACAAACCAUGUCUGGCUAUUCUCCACGAGGAAAUCCGCCACUUCAUUCUUUGCUGCCUACGAUGCUUUGUGUGAAGAGGGGACUGCCACAUCCGUUUGCAAAGUCCUUGGUGAAAUAGCUGAUAUAUCUGUGCGAGGGUCAAAGGAUCAUGUAAUCGUGCAAGGUGAGAUACUUGAAGGUCUGGUUGCCCGUAUUGUCAGUCGCGAAAGUUCAGUUCAAAUGGAAGUUUUGAGGAACUUUCAACAACCUUCAUUAGAUGGAGGCGACUCUGAUUUAGGACUAAGUUUACGAGAAAUAUACGCUGCUAAUAGGUCGGAUGAGAAGCAGCAAAUUAAAGCACUUCUUGAAAAUGCUGGGUCAUCAUUGUGUUCAGACCACUGCGAUUGGUUUGGAAACAGUGGUCUUGACGCUCAAUCUCGAAAUGCUGAUAGAUCAGUUGUCACUCAUUUUUUGCAAGCACAUCCCAUGGACUAUGCAACAAAGAAAUUACAGGAGAUGAUCCGUCUCAUGAAGAAGAGAAAUCUCCCUGCAGCUUUCAAAUGUUACUGGAAUUACCAAAAAAUUGAUUCUCUUUCAAAUGAUAACUUGUAUUACAAGAUGGUUAUCCAUGUCCACAAGGAUUCUGCUUUUAGACGUUAUCAACAAGAGAUGAGGUAA